ACUGUACUGUCCCCAGCGUACCCCGAGCCCGUGGCUCCAAUCCGCACGGCCAAGGCAGAGAGACGCUAUCAGGAGAGGAUGCGGAUGCAGAGCCCCGACCUGCCUGGGGCACGGGAUAAGGAGCUGUCUCCCGCUGAGCGGAGGGCACUCGAGGCUGAGAAACGAGCCAUGUGGAGGGCUGCAAGGCACCAAGCCCUGGAGGAUGAUCUCAGGCAGUACGAGCAGGAGCGGGCUCACCGUCUUUACCGGUCCCUGCAGCGGGCAGCUGACGGACUGAGCCUAGGUCAGGGCUCCCGUCUCAAACCGCUUCCACUGGUCAGGCAAGAGCCCCUGUCCACUGCCGUCAGGAUGAAAUCCCUCGAGCAGGAUGCACUGAAAGCACAAAUGGUCAUCGCCAAAUCAAAGGAGCCGAAGAAACGCAGCCCCCUCGACCAACUCUCCGAGUCCCCCUCACCUGCUGCCACCCCCUCCCCCACCCCGCUGGACGAUCACAGCCCUCGCAGCGUCACAUCACCUGGGAGGCUGUCCUGGUCAGAAAAGAAGUUUGAUUACCGACAGUUUGCAGCUAUCCCAUCUUCUAAACCAGUUUACGAUAUCCAG